AUGGGAAUAUCGGGAGAAAUGAGCGAUGGCGAGACGAAAGCGACUGAGGUUGAGAGCGGGUCUCAAGGAGCACAGUGGCGAGGGUUCGAGCCACCUUCCUUCCCCGCUGUCGCCGCUACACGUCCUGUGACGGUUCACGCGUUUCCGUCGGGCGGGUACGUGUGGGACGUGGCGGCGGCAGAGCAGAUUCGACUAGAGCACGGCAUAGUCGGCACCAUGGCGGGAGGCCUGCCGGGAUUCGCGCUGCAGAACAAGGUCAAGGGCCUGCCGCUGCUGCUCUCGCUGGAAGAGCUCGCUGCAGCAGCGACCAUGGGCGUCGCACGGCUAGAAGUCCUCGGGAAUGGUCCCGACGUUGCAGCAACGACCGCGCUGUCUGCUUUCCGCCAAGAAUCCACCGCAUUGGAGGCUUCCUUCAGCGAAAAGUUCCGGCUGCCCGUAACGGAGGGGGACGUGGAGGUAGCAGCGGAGUGGUUGGGCGCUUCAGGGCGGGGGGUGCAGCGGCAGAGGGAUGGCAGUGCUGCUCCAGCUGCGAUGGGGGAACGCGGCUGGAGUGUGGCUGUGGAUUGUACUGAGGAGAAGGUUGCUGGUGGAGAGGAGAAGGGCAAUGGUGGGGAAGAUAGGAACCAAAGCGGAGGUCGAAGCAGAGGAGCGGAGGACAUGGGCAGAGAGUGGCAUGAUGAUGACGGAGAAGGAGUGAGCAACGGCACGAACACCACAUCCCCCAGCACUUGCUGCAAGCAUCAUCCGCCGUCUUCCUCCUCCCUGCCCCUCGCCCCACCGCAUGCGCGCACCUCCCUGCUGUCCAUGCUCGCGUCUCUGCUCAGCAGCAGCAGCCCUGCAGUGCGCCUGCGCUGCGUGGUCUACGCGGACCUGCUCGCCCGCUCCUGCCGCAUGACGUGCGGGCUGCGCUUCGGUGCACACUGGCUGGUGUACCUGGGUGGUGCAGACCCCUGCGACCUGCAUGCGCCCUGCAUGCUGCGCGUGCAGCGGCAGCACGAAGGGAUCUCAGCGCAGCUGCUGCUGGCGGCUGCACGUGUGGCCAUGGCUUCCAGGAAAAGGCUCGUGCUCGCUACUGCCUCUGAGGAGCUGCUGCAGGAGGGAGGGUUCUGGGAGUGGUUUGUGGAGCGGUAUGGGGCGGUGCAGGUGGAGCGGAGGGAUGGGGAAGAGUGCGAGAGGCUGGUGAGAGGAAUACUGGAGGUUGGGUUAAGGGGAGGGGAGCAGGGUGGGUUGGCGCAAGUUGGGGAUGAUGCGGGAGCGGAACAUGAGGAGAUUGCCAGACCGAUUCUCAAGGAUGGAAGGGGUUCAGAGCAGGGAGGAGGAGAGGCUGGUGAGCGUGGGGCAGCAGAAAGCAGAGGCAUGUGUGGGGUUGAGCAAGGAUGGGAGAAGCAGGAUACGAAAGCGGGAGCGUGUGUGAGAGGAGGAGGGGAGUGGGUGGAGUACACGACAGUGGUGACUGACCUGGACUUCCUGCCUCUAGAGCUGCGCACCCAGAACCCCCUCAAGGCCAAGAUGCUGCAACAAGGACAGCAGGUCGGCGCUCGAAGGAGCAGGAAGCCUAGUGUUGUGUAG